UUUCAAUCAAAUUCGAUCACUAAACCUUAAACCAAUGCACUAAUCGAUUCAAUGAGCGGUUGGGCGCAGUUCUUGUUUGUUUGCACAGGUUCACUUCAUCCCUCCCUCCCCUCACUCUGUUCCAGCAACUUCGAAGCUUCCUUCAAUGGAAUCCAUUGGCAUCCUCAUGACCAAGCCAAUGUACUCCUACCUCGAACAAGAGCUCGCAAACCGCUUCACCCUCUUCAGACUCUGGAACUACCCCUCACUCCGCGCCUUCUCCGAAUCUCCCCACGGCGCUUCCGUCCGCGCCCUCGUCGUCAACACCGGAUUCACCGUCGACGCCGCCGUCAUCAAUUCCUUACCCAAACUCGAGAUCAUCGCCACUUACAGCGUCGGAUUUGACAAGAUCGACAUCCAGGAAUGCAGACAGAGCGGCAUUCGGGUGGCCAAUACACCGGAUGUCUUGACCGACGACGUCGCCGACCAUGCCGUCGGUCUUGCCUUGGCGGUUCUCCGGCGAAUCACGCAGUGUGAUGGAUAUGUGAGGAGUGGCCUCUGGAAACGUGCUGAUUUUCCGUUAACCACCAAGUUUAGUGGCAAAGCAAUUGGAAUUGUUGGUUUGGGAAGGAUUGGUUCAGCAAUAGCAAAAAGGGUUGAGGCUUUUGGAUGCAAAGUUAGUUACCACUCCAGAUCUGAAAAGCCAGAGACAGGUUACAAGUAUUACCCAAACAUACUUGCCUUGGCUUCUAACUCUGAAAUACUUGUGAUAUCAUGUUCACUCACUAAAGAAACCUGUCACAUUGUGAACCGUCAAGUCAUUGAUGCAUUGGGCCUGAAGGGAGUGCUUAUCAACAUUGGGCGAGGCCCGCAUGUCGAUGAGGCCGAGCUUGUGGCCGCGUUGGCUGAAGGGCGGUUAGGUGGCGCGGGCCUUGACGUGUUUGAGAAUGAACCCGAGGUGCGUGAGGAGCUCUUUGGGCUUGAGAACCUGGUGGUCACCCCUCAUAUUGGGAGUGACACCGUGGAAACUAGCACGAAGAUGGCAGACCUUGUGAUUUCGAACUUGGAGGCUCACUUCCUUGGGAAACCGCUCUUGACUCCGGUGAUUUGAGGUUUAAUGAAUACACUUUAAUGAAUAGAAUGUGCGUUCGGAUUUUUGUUGAAUUCCAACUUCAAUAAAAGCUUAUUUUUCCUAUUA